GCCAGCCUCUGCCCGCGCUGCCAGCCGCCCCGGGCGCCCGGGGCUCGGCGACGCUCGGCCACCAUGGGCUGCACGCUGAGCGCGGAGGACAAGGCGGCGGUGGAGCGCAGCAAGAUGAUCGACCGCAACCUCCGCGAGGACGGCGAGAAGGCGGCGCGCGAGGUCAAGCUGUUGCUGCUCGGUGCUGGUGAAUCUGGGAAAAGUACAAUUGUGAAGCAAAUGAAAAUUAUCCAUGAAGCUGGUUAUUCAGAAGAGGAAUGUAAACAGUACAAAGCAGUGGUCUACAGCAACACCAUUCAGUCAAUUAUUGCCAUCAUCAGAGCAAUGGGGAGGUUGAAGAUAGACUUUGGUGACUCAGCUCGGGCGGAUGAUGCUCGCCAACUCUUCGUGCUUGCUGGAGCUGCCGAGGAAGGCUUUAUGACCACAGAGCUUGCUGGAGUCAUAAAGAGAUUGUGGAAAGACAGUGGUGUGCAAGCCUGUUUCAACAGAUCCCGAGAGUAUCAGCUUAAUGAUUCUGCAGCAUACUAUUUGAAUGAUUUGGACAGAAUAGCACAAUCAAAUUACAUCCCAACUCAGCAAGAUGUCCUCAGAACUAGAGUGAAAACCACAGGAAUUGUCGAAACCCAUUUUACUUUCAAAGAUCUUCAUUUUAAAAUGUUUGAUGUGGGAGGUCAGAGGUCAGAGCGUAAGAAGUGGAUUCACUGCUUUGAAGGCGUGACGGCCAUCAUUUUCUGUGUGGCCCUGAGUGACUAUGACCUGGUUCUGGCUGAAGAUGAAGAAAUGAAUCGGAUGCAUGAAAGCAUGAAAUUAUUCGACAGUAUAUGCAACAACAAGUGGUUUACAGAUACAUCUAUUAUACUUUUUCUAAACAAGAAGGAUCUCUUUGAAGAAAAAAUCAAAAAGAGCCCUCUCACUAUAUGCUACCCAGAAUACGCAGGAUCAAACACAUAUGAAGAGGCAGCUGCAUAUAUUCAGUGUCAGUUUGAAGAUCUCAAUAAAAGAAAGGACACGAAGGAAAUAUACACCCACUUCACAUGUGCCACAGAUACAAAGAAUGUGCAGUUUGUUUUUGAUGCUGUAACAGAUGUCAUCAUAAAAAAUAACCUGAAAGAUUGUGGUCUCUUUUAAGUUUUGCAGUUGAUGGUAAAAAUGCAUUUUCAAACCAAAUGAGUACUUAUAUAUGGAUCUCUCUAGACUAGAGUCUCCCAGCAACACAGAAUGUAGUAUACAGCAAAUGCAUCCUGGAUCUGACCAAAGUUGUUCUGUUUUGUGUCUUUAUCUGGACGUGAUAAAAGGACCUGUCUUAAAGGUGAAAGAGGGUCCUGUGAUGUGAAAGUGAAGUGUGGUGUGAAAGCUGGACUCUAGUGUAUGGUGAUUUCUGUGUAAGUGUAAAUAUGCAAAUGUAUGUAAGAUGUAUUUAUAACUUUAAUUUUCCACAUUACUUUUAGGUUUUAAGAGUGGCAACUUACAAUUCUAGUGUGAUGGCUUUGGAAAUAACAUAAAUAUUAACUACCUUGUACUGAAUGACAGACUAUUACUGUGUUUGCCAGUUUUAAACAGCUUUAUUUAUGUUCAUGUCCCUGUAAAUUUUUAGGUACAGUGAUUAAUAGUAGGAAAUGUCACAGCCCCUACCUUGAUUUCAUGUAUACUUGUAUUCAUGAAAAUGUUGUUUGUACGAACAUUGCACAGACUAUUUUAAUAACAUGAUUUGUGCUCUAAAUUUUAUGUGUUUCAUUGAAACAGUAAAGAGGGUGAGUACACCUACCUUUGGAUCAAUUAUUUAAGCAUCAUAUGCAUUUUAAUUUUUAUUUAAAGAGUGCAUGCUGCCCUGGUUCUAUAUUAGAUUUGGUUUGAGAAACUAAAACUCCAGUUUUUUGAGGAUAUACGAUCUUAGAAUUCAAAACACUUAGUUUUUAUUCCAUUGGUCUGUUUUCACUUUUAAUCUUAGUAUCUGGGUGGUAUUCAUACCUCGCCUUACAGGUGGUACAGAUUAAUUUUCUACACUUUAAAUAACUGCAUUUUUAUUUACAACUGAGUUGAGGUGGGUAUUGAAAGAAAUUUUUGUGGGUAAAAAUUUUUAGCAUAUGAAUUUUAAGACAUUAAUUUGUGUAUUUCCUUUGGGAAAUUCCUUGUACCUAGGCACACGUGAUAGUUCCUUGUUUGGAAGAUGGUAGAAAAUACUCUAUUGCUGAUAUUAUGCAAGCUUUCAAUUCAUAAGUAACUAGUUUCAAGUUUAUCACUCUAUGCCAAAUUAUUUUUCCCCUUAGAUACUCAAAUUCCCUCCAGUUGCUUGAACUUACAUUCUUUUUAAAUUAUGCUCUUAUUUCUGACAUUAAGUGAACAAUUAUACUUAGAAAUUGAAUAAUAGUAUUUAACAGGAUCAGUGAUUGUGUGUGUGUGUGUGUGUGUGUGUGUGUGCUCAAAUAAGUGUUACAUAACAGGAGAUACUGAACUUUGCUAGCAUUAUUUUUCUUUUGAUCAUUUAAGUGUGUCUCUGUGGCCAUGUUUCAGCAAAAUGAGUAGCAUUCCCUAGCUCAUCUCUCCUUUUUCAUUCAUCCUGAAGAACUAAGUCUUUCAGUAAGCUUUGCUGGUAAUACUUUCCCACUUGUGUUGUCAUCUCCGUGGAGUCUUUUUGUUGAAGUACUUGCCUACGUAAUUGUAUGGAGAAGCAGAAACUACAUUUGUAUCUGUUUCCUACGUGGGAUUUGUUCCCUUCUUUGUAAUGUAAAGAAAUUUAAAGUUAUCAAAAUUCUUUAAGUGUUAGUUAGAUUCUUUUAUGUGCCUUUCAUGAAAGAUAUGUUUUCAUUCAUUUUACUAUGGAAGACUUGUAAGGUCCACAUUGUGAAGCUAUGUAUGAAAUUUGACUAUAAUCUGGUAAAUUUGAAUGAUGACAACUGUGGUGUAAAAGCCACAAAGAAGCACAUAUUGGUGACCAUCAUUGGUGAAUUCCUGAACUUUACUCUGUGUACCUGUGUUACUAAUAAAGCCUAAUAAAUUUAAAUUUUUAAAAUUUUA